UUCCUCCUCUCCAUCGCAUGUCCUCUUAAAACCCCUUCUUCCCAUCCAAAUCCCGGCCCAAUGGCCGGACUCCAGCUUCACUCCACCACCCUCUUCGACUCCCUCCACGCCUCCUUCUCCCGCCUCCAUUUCCCUCGACUCCUCCUCCCCCUUCGCCGCUGCCGUUGCUGCCGCUUCUCCUCCUCGGCCACCUUCCCCUCGCGAAACCCCUACCCCAAUCGAGACCCUUGCGACAAAACCCUGCCUUCCCUCAAGUCCGACCACCAAAGUGCCCCCUGGAUCAAGAACUGGACUGAGCCCCGCUUUCGAUCGCUCCCGAAGAAGCCUCGAGCGGCGCUGGAUUACCGGCAGAGUGUUUCCAGUGACGACGAUGAGUACGGCACCAGCAGGAGCACCGGAAGCAGUGCCAUGGCGAAGAUUGUUGAGAAAUUGAGGAAAUUUGGGUAUAUCGAUGACUCCGAGGAAGUGAAGGAGCGACCCUUGCCGGAGAAGGGUUCCGUGGAGGACAUCUUCUACGCGGAAGAUGGGAUUUUGCCUGAUUCUAGGGGCGGCUUGUCUUGGGAUGUGAAUGAGAAAGCGCGAUUUCCUUGGGAGAAGCCUCGGGAGGAGGAGGAGGAGAAGCAGGCGUCAGCGAGGAAGACGAGGAGCAAGACUUCGUUGGCGGAGCUGACCCUUCCGGAAGGGGAGCUGCGGAGGCUGCGGCACCUGGCGAUCAGGACGAAAUCAAAGACCAAGAUUGGAGGGGCUGGGGUGACGAAGGAGAUCGUGGACUUGAUUCACGAGAAGUGGAAGACGGAGGAGGUAGUGAGGCUCAAGUGCGAGGGGCCUCCGGCUCUUAACAUGAAGCGGAUGCACGAGAUCUUGGAGAGGAAAACAGGAGGAUUGGUGAUUUGGAGGUCAGGGACCUCGAUUUCUUUAUACAGGGGUGUGACUUAUGAGAUCCCUCAACUAGUCAAGAGACCAUAUCAGAGUAAUCAGAGAGCCAGUUUGGACUCCUUUAAACAACCUCUGGGUUAUCGGGCUGAGGCUUUUGUAGAAAAUGGUAGAGGCAGUCAUGUGGCAGGUCCUAUUGAACAUCUAACUGUUAAAGUUGAGGAGGAAAAAGAUGUGGAAUCACCUCCAAAGAUUGAAUAUGAAAGUGAAAUUGACAAGCUAUUGGAUGAUCUAGGCCCUCGUUAUACAGAUUGGCCUGGAAGUGGUCCACCACCUGUAGAUGCUGACUUGCUUCCAAGUGUAGUUCCUGGUUAUAAGCCCCCUUUUAGAAUUCUCCCCUAUGGAGUGAGACCUUCUCUUGGGCUAAAGGAAGGCACAGCAUUACGUAGGCUUGCAAGGGCAUUACCUCCACAUUUUGCUCUUGGGAGAAGCAGGCAACAUCAGGGGUUAGCAGCAGCCAUGGUGAAGCUUUGGGAGAAAAGUUCUAUAGCAAAGAUUUCCUUGAAGCGUGGCGUGCAGCUUACUAGCAGUGAGAGAAUGGCUGAAGAUAUCAAAAAGCUAACUGGGGGUGCAAUUCUCUCUAGAAACAAGGAUUACAUUGUAUUUUAUAGAGGAAAGGACUUUUUGUCUCCAGAAGUUACAGAGGCAUUACUUGAGCGGGAAAGAUUAGCAAAAGCCCUUCAAGAUGAAGAAGAACAAGCACGACUAAGAGCAUCAUCUUCGGUUGCUUCAGAUGUUGACUCAUUUGAUGAAUCUGGGACAGCUGGUACCCUGAAUGAAACGCUUGAAGCUGCUGCCAGAUGGGGAAAUAAUAUAGGUGAUGAUCACAUGGACAAAAUGAUGAGAGCUGCCGAAAUGGCAAGGCAUGCUGGUCUUGUGAAGAAGCUAGAGAGGAAGCUUUUCAUAGCUGAACGGAAAUUAACGAAAGCUGGAAAAGCUUUAGCUAAGGUGGAGGAAUCCUUAAAACCAACUGAACACGUUAAGGAUCCUGAAGCAAUAACCGAUGAAGAAAGGUUCAUGUUUCGAAAGCUUGGUUUGAGGAUGAAGGCAUUUUUGCUCCUUGGGAGGAGGGGUGUUUUCGAUGGCACGAUCGAGAAUAUGCACUUACACUGGAAGUACAGGGAGUUGGUGAAGAUUAUUGUCAAAGCAAAGACUUUUGCACAGGUUCAGAAUGUCGCUUUGGCACUUGAAGCAGAAAGUGGGGGUGUCCUAGUCUCUGUGGACAAGAUUUCCAAAGGUUUUGCCAUUAUUGUGUACAGGGGAAAGGAUUAUCAUCGGCCUCCUACAUUGAGACCUAAGAAUCUACUGACAAAGAGGAAGGCUCUAGCACGAUCGAUAGAACUUCAGAGGCGCGAGGCUCUUAACCGUCAUAUCUCAAAUGUGCAAAAGAAAGUGGAGCAGUUGAGAUCUGAAUUGGUUCACUUGGACAAUGUUAAAGACCAUGGAGAUGAGGAAUUGUAUGCCAACUUGGACUCAGCAUAUUCAACUGAAGAUGAAGAAGAUUCAGAGGAUGAGGGUGAUGAGGCUUAUCUUGAUACUUUCAAUGGUUCUGUUGCCAUUGACCGUGAUGAUGGAGAUGCUCAUAAUCACAAUGAUGACGAUGACUAUAAUGAAGAGAGUGAGGCUGACGGCACAAGCAAUAAGGAUGAACAUGAUUCUUAUUUUGACGGUUGGAUCAAUGCUGUUGACAUUUCUAGUGAUGAACAUGGAGGAGCUCAAAGUCACUAUAAGGAAGAUAAUGACUCUGAUGAAGACAGUGAGAUCGAUGACUACAGUGAAGAUGAUGAGAAUGAUUCAGAACAUUAUCUUCGCUCAUCAACGAGUUCUGCUAACAAUCAGCAGAGUGGGUUGGCAUUACCUGUUGCUGAUAAUAUGUGCAUAUAACACGAGUUUUUGUUAAUGCAGAUGAAAUGGAAGCCAAGACACUCUGGAGUUUCAGCUACCAAUCUUUACCUUAUAAAUUAUCAUUACAGUCAACAAAGUGGACAUUCCAGCAGCCAAAUGGUCAUAACCUUUUUACUUAAUAGAUAUAGAUUGUAUUUAUUUCUUCUAUUUCUGGAUGUCCAUAUUACUUUGAAGUGCUGUAAACAAAGACAUUUAUGUAAAUUUAUUUUCUUUUCACAGUGUGCAGUGCAGGUUUGA